CACACUUCAAUUCUCCAACUCGUGGAGAGUAGCGUGGCGGGUGUUAUAAAUAUAAGUUAAUAAAACUUACGAAGCACUCAAGUCAAUUAAUUGCUCAAAGUGUAUCAAGACAAAAUAUUGGCAAGUAUGUGCGACUUCAACGAAGAUGAGCUCUAUCACGAAAGGUUGCCCAAUGUGUGUGGCGCUAUGGGCGCCAAGGCGCGCAACUGUUGCAGCACACAGACCGUUAAAAACAUGCUACCCAUCUGCAGCUGGCUGCCAGGGUAUAAGCUCAAAUAUCUGGCCGUUGACUUUUUGGCCGGCAUGACGGUGGGUCUAACUGCCAUCACGCAGGGUUUGGCCUAUGGCGUUGUGGCCGGUUUGCCGCCCGUUUAUGGUCUAUACUCGGCUUUUAUGGGUGGAUUCAUUUACAUUAUAUUCGGCACCUGCAAGGACAUCACAGUGGGACCCACGGCCAUUUUGUCAAUGAUGAUGUAUUCACAUUUGAAUGGCAAUCCGGAUUAUGCUGUUUUAAUGUGCUUCCUUUCCGGUUGCAUAAUUGUGGUGUUGGGUCUGCUGAAUCUCGGUGUUUUGGUGCGUUACAUUUCGGUGCCGGUGACGACGGGUUUUACGCUGGCCGCUGCACUAAAUGUGGGCAGCGGGCAGAUCAGCAAUCUCUUUGGCAUCCAAAGCAAUACGAACGGUUUUCUCGACGCGUGGAUCACGUUCUUUAGCCACAUCCAGGAGACGCGUCGCAACGACGCCAUUCUCGGCUGUUGCACCUUAAUCGUGCUGCUUCUCAUGCGGAAAUUGACUGCUUUGAAAUGUGGCCAUCGGCAGCUGUUGAGAUAUUUGGCGCUGUCUCGCAAUGUUCUGGUCGUAUUUGUGGGCAUUCUGUUGUGCUAUCUGCUCAGCCGGAAUUCGGAUGAGAUGAUAUUCCGGAUGACGGGCGCGAUUACGCCGGGUUUGCCACCGUUUCGCCUGCCGCCAUUUCAAACGGAGGAUGAUUUGGGGCAGACGGUUAGCUUUAACGGCAUGAUCUCCAAUCUGGGCGCAGCAGUGGCAACCAUACCGCUGCUCAGCAUCCUCGAGAGUAUAUCAAUUGCCAAAGCAUUCUCCAAGGGCAAAAUUGUGGAUGCAUCGCAGGAGAUGAUCGCGCUGGGUAUGUGCAAUGUGUUCAGCAGUUUCUUCUCUUCGAUGCCCAUCACUGGCUCCUUCACCCGCUCGGCGAUUAAUAAUGCGAGUGGCGUUAAGACGACACUGGGUGGCGCUUUUACCGGCAUUCUCGUCCUGAUGACCCUGGCCUUGUUGACCUCCACUUUUGCAUAUAUACCCAAGGCAACGCUGGCGGCCAUCAUCAUUGCAGCCAUGAUAUUUAUGGUCGAAUACGAUAAAAUUGCAGAGAUUUGGCGGGCAAAGAAACGUGACAUGGUGCCUUUUGUGGCCACCGCUGCUAGCUGUGUAUUCUGGUCACUGGAAUAUGGAAUGUUGGUGGGAAUCGCAGUAAAUGCCCUGUUCAUACUGGAGAAGAGCACGACGCCACAAUUUGAGCUCACCACACAAAAGCACAAUGGAAUUGAACUGUGUUUGGCGGAGCUGAAGGGCAGUGUAGAUUAUACGGCUGCCGAAUAUUUGAAAUCAACAACAGUUGCUCGCGUGACAGAGGAGGAACGGACGGAUAGUUCAAUUGGACUGGUGAUCAUUAAAGGCGAUGAGAUUAGGUCAAUUGAUGCGACAGUGGCGCUGAAUAUAAUCUCGCUGCGCGAUGAGCUGAAGCUGUUGCGAUGCGAGCUCAUCUGCUGGAACUGGAAUGUGGCAGCAGCGGGCGUUGUUUGCCGGCUGCAAAAGCAGGCACGCGCCAUGUUCCAGUUCACCAAAAGCUUUGCGGACCUCAUCGAAAUUGUAACGGCAAAUACAGGCAGCACUAACAGUGAUCAGAAUGCCAGCGAGGGAAACGGGGGUGCUGCUGGUGACAGCACUCGCCUUGAUCAAAUUGCAUGCGACUCAAGUCGAUAAACAAAAAAAUAUAUAUACAUAUAUACAAAAUGUGUUUUGCUUUGGUACAGUCAAAGAGCAGAGUCGCAAGGUAUUCGCUGAGCGGAUACCCUGUAAUAAAUACACACAAGCAAAACGCAAAUUGUAAAUAAAUCAAUGUAAAUCAUAAAUAGAACAAUUUUUGUAGAAACGCAUACAUAUAUAUAACAAAUAUAUAUG